CCCUCUCACAAUGCAUUAAUUUCUAGAGAGAGAGAGAGAGAGAGAGAGAAGAGAGAGAGGAGAUGCAUGAAACAUCCAACAUGUUUAAGAGGAGCCACAUAAGUUUCCAUGUAAGCUUAAUUUCUCUCUCGCUACUCUUUUCUAAUUUGUAACUCCCAACCCCCACUUCCAUCUUUGGGAGAUUCAUUUGAUUCUUUUCCAUUCAUGCUUUAUCACCCUCUCCCUAUAAUAAUAAUAAUAAACAUCAAUCACAAGUACAAAACCCCCCCAUGUUAUUUGUGCCCUAACAACAACAACACCAUCAUGGAUUACUACAACAUGGAUGAGACUUUUCAAAAAGAUGGUGAGAAAAAAGUGGGUAGCGAACACGCAGAGGCCGUAACACCACAACUCGAAAGCAAGACAGAAGGAGAGGACAGUGACGAAGGAACGUCGGUCGAGCUCGACCUGAUCGGUUCGCUCGGCGCGACCGACCGGCCCCCGUCGUCGUCGUCGUCGUCGCCGCCGCCGCCUUCGCCCGACCGGGAGCCGCCGCGCGUGUUCUCGUGCAACUACUGCCGCCGCAAGUUCUACAGCUCGCAGGCGCUCGGCGGGCACCAGAACGCGCACAAGCACGAGCGCAGCCUCGCGAAGCGCGGCGCCGCCGCCGCCGGCCACCGGAGGUGGGCAGCGCCGUCGGGGAGUGCGGCGGCAAUCGGACGCAUGUAUCCGCAUGAGGCGUACGCAAUGUCGGCGAGGCCGCCGCCGAUCGUAUCGAGGUUCGACGAGACGUCGGCAGCGUCCGGAGG